GUCUUGAUUUACAAAGUUGGUACAAGAUGUCCGUAUGGACAGAUGCACAAAGUUUAAGAGCUCGUCCCGUCCAUUGCAAACGAAAAGCGGACACACGCACACACAGGCAGCACAGACGGUGUCUAUUAAUGAGAGGAAAUAUCCUGCAUGUUUCUCUCUCUUCGCUGUCUCUCGAAUGUGUCUCGUUUCUCUCCCGUCACUCAGGCGAUCACUCUUCACCUUCAUCCAUCACUCAAACACAGGCAGCAGGCAGGAGACGCGCACUCAAUUUUCUCGGCAUUUUCUGCACUAUGAAUGUCGGUUUGUCUUGAGCAUUGGUGCUGUUUUUGGCAGGUUGGUUGGAUGGACCAGGGCAGCCUAGAGGUCUGUGGAGACUUCAAUGACCUCCUCGGCCUUCUUGGCCUCGACAUGGUCGCCCUUGUCGACGAUCAAAGAGCUGCACACACACAAAACAAACACACACACACACACACACACGAACACAAACCAUAUCAUAAAUGUACCACUUUGUCUGUGUGAGCAAUGAGGCCAUUAUGCAUGCGGAUAUCCAUACAUAUUGUGGUCCUUGAAGUGGUGUUUGACGGCCUCGAUGAUGGCGGUCACGUCCAAGGCGGGUGUGGCCGCCUGCUUCUCCAGCUGCUGUAUCUGCUCGGAAGAGACUCGGUCGCUCACCACGGCACCGCCCGUCACGUGCCCUCCACCGACUAGGGCCUCGCCCUCUGGCGUGAAGAGGCGCAGAUCUGAGAACGUAAGAUGGAUGGAUGGAUGGAUGGAUGUCUCUGUGUGUUUCUGCUUCCUACCUACCUUUGAGGCGCUUGAAGAACUCGCGGCCCUCCUUGUCGAGCUGAGUGCCGUACUUCGCCUCUCGUUUCUUGAGCUUUCUCUUGUGGAUGGCCACCUUGAUGAAGUAGGUGCUGACGGCAAUGACCGCACCGCCGACUGCCAUUCCCGCCACGAAGGGCACAAUGGUCGCAGCGGUCACUGCGGCGGACCCCUGAAUGUGUUGUACACGCAUAUCUAUGUCUCUGUAGCACAUAUGAAGAGCGCCGACAGAAAGGCUGAGUGAAUUACCAAGCCAAGAGCCAUCGCGCCCUGUACAGUCACUGUGGAGGCGAAAGCGGAGAACAAAAACAAACGACAGAUAAAAGAUUCCAAAGUCGUCCCCCUCACAAUCAGAGACCUCAUCAGUUGCAGACCCAUGUCAUACAUGUAUCCUUCUGCCUGCCUGCCGUCCUCCCUGGCUCUCUCUGCAGGGGACUUACAUGCGAAGAUGCCUCCGCCGAUUGCGCCCGCCGCCAGCUGUUGGCCCACGAUCUUCCCGCCCGUCUUGCCAUGUAUCUUCAAGGCGUUCUUGAACUUUUCUCCGAGGCUCUUCUUCGCAGUGCGGCACAUGUCGUACACAGAUCCGAUUGGCUUGGUGGACUGGCCCAACAAAAGCUCAGAACGGCAGUACAUCUGGUCCGUUCUGAGCACAAGGAGGGACGGUGUGUGAGCUGGUACAUCGGACACACAAGGAAGGAUAGUGAUACUUCGGGUCAUAACGGACGACGCCUGUGUCGAUCUUGCUGGGCAGGACUGUCGACAGGGUGGCCUGCAUUCAUACACACGCAGGGAGGGAGGGAGGGAGGGAGGGAGGCAGGGAGGCAGGGAGGAGGACAGCAUCUGUCAACAUGGUGGCUGGUUGCAUGUUCCCUCCUCUUGUCCAUGUCCAGUCAUGCUGACGUUUUUGAGUUGUUUCGCCUUGGCCUCAUCGACGGCGGCUUUUACCUCAUCGCUAUUGAAGAUGUCGCACUCCAGAGGGGAACCGAUGUACGCAGGAGGCUCCGGCUCCGGCUCCGGCUCUGGCUGCUCCUGCUGCUUCUGUUGUUUCCGCUGCUCAUGUUUCUUCGCCAGGUCAUCCGAAAUUUCUGUACACAUACCGAGGACGGCACAGGCACCCAUACAUCAAUGUCGUGUCUCAUUCAUCAGAGGCAGGCCAGACCACUUGCCUUCCCUGCCUGGCUGGCUGCGUACCCUUGCCUCGCACGUCCUUGAGUCUCUUGGCGAAGACCUCCUUGACGGCGCCUUUGUGCUGCUUUGAGGUCAAGUAGAUGGGACGGCCGAUUGUCACUUGUGCUUCGUCCUCGGAUGGGAGCGGAUUCUGGCGGGACACAUUCCCCCAGCCAGACCCAGAUACAGAUUGAUCCCUGUCUGGCUGGCGUCAGUUGCAUGCAUGAGGUACCUACCUGUACUAUGAAGCACAUGUCUCUCGGCUGAACGUACACUGUGCGUUUGUCGCCGCGCCUGGCCCACGUGUCGAUCUGUGCCAAGAGUCCUGGUGGGUAAAGAGGGUCGUCGGGAGCUGCACAUACGCACGAUGGACAGGAGCAAGGAGUGCAUGAAGCGGGCGAAUGGGUAAGUGUGCGUGUGUGGGUGGGUGAGGUGGGGGACUGACUGACCACGGAAGCGCUCCACCCCAGGCCGCUCUGGCCCUCUAUAGAUGCAUCUCACAUGAUCCCACCUGAGUGUGAGCAAUCAAUAACGAACAAGAAACACCAUCACGCACCCCAUAUACAUACGGCGUGGGUGUAGUUCAACCAAUGAGUGCCAUCACUGCUCACGGGUCCUGUGGUUCCCCAUAUUGGUAAGGGUCUUUCUCGCACCGCCCGCACGCCUGUGGCCCCCCGGGCAUGCCCGGCACCUCGAGCUCACAGGUCUUGCCGAUAAGCUUCUCACGGACAGCUGCCACGGGGUCCGUCCCUCGUUUGCUCUUUUUGCUUGCGUGCAUGCUCCUCCACGCAUUCCGCUCGCAGCUGUCCGGCCAUCCCGGUCCAGAAUCCUCACCAGGUGUCCCUUGGCCCGGCGUGAACAUCACCUCGCAAGUUACUGAAGGCAGGCAGGCAGGCAGGAGACUUGCUGGAGUCAGACGGGGCGCCGCGUUCCUUUUGUGUGUACCUCGCUGCUCAAACUGGACGUCACUCCACUCGUGAGCGUCGAAGAGGCGGCACUCGUUCGAUUCGCCAUUGCAAAUCGACUCAGCCCGAGAGAACUUCAAGGGACACAGGGAGGUGAACGAAACAACAACAGCCCCAACCUCGAAGAGACGCAUCGCUCCUUAGACGAACUUCGUCGCUCUCUCCGUCGGUGUGCACGGGGCGGGAGGCGUUUGCAGCGUGGAUGUCUCGCUCAGGCCUUGUGCGUCUUGCUUGUGGGAUCUUUCGAUGGUUCGGGGAUUACUAAAACAGGGGGCCACUGGCAG